CGCACGCCCGCGCCGCGCGCCUCCCGCUCGGCACUGACGCGCGCGGCGGCGGCGGGAGCCCCGCGCCCAGCUCUGCGCCCGGGGCCGGCGAUGCGCAAGCCAAGCGGGGCCGGGGGACGCCCGGGCGGCGGCGGGCGCGCGUAGCCGCCGGGAGGACCAUGGCGUCCCCGGCGCUGGCGGCGGCGCUGGCGGCGGGGGCGGCGACGGCGCCGGGCCCGAACGCGAGCCGCGCCGGCGAGGGGGGCAGCGGCGGGGCCGCCAACGGCUCGGGCGCCGCCUGGGGGCCGCCCCCGGGCCAGUACUCGGCGGGCGCAGUGGCCGGACUGGCGGCCGUGGUGGGCUUCCUCAUCGUCUUCACCGUGGUAGGCAACGUGCUGGUGGUGAUCGCCGUGCUGACCAGCCGCGCGCUGCGGGCGCCGCAGAACCUGUUCCUGGUGUCGCUGGCCUCGGCGGACAUCCUCGUGGCCACGCUGGUCAUGCCCUUCUCGCUGGCCAACGAGCUCAUGGCCUACUGGUACUUCGGGCAGGUGUGGUGCGGCGUGUACCUGGCGCUCGACGUGCUCUUCUGCACCUCGUCCAUCGUGCACCUGUGCGCCAUCAGCCUGGACCGCUACUGGUCAGUGACGCAGGCCGUCGAGUACAACCUGAAGCGCACGCCGCGCCGCGUCAAGGCCACCAUCGUGGCCGUGUGGCUCAUCUCGGCCGUCAUCUCCUUCCCGCCGCUCGUGUCGCUGUACCGCCGGCCCGACGGCGCCGCCUACCCGCAGUGCGGCCUCAACGACGAGACCUGGUACAUCCUGUCCUCCUGCAUCGGCUCCUUCUUCGCGCCCUGCCUCAUCAUGGUCCUGGUCUACGCACGGAUCUACCGCGUGGCCAAACUGCGGACGCGCACGCUCAGCGAGAAGCGCGCGCCCGCGGGCCCCGACGGCGCGGCCCCGGCCACGGAGAACGGCCACUGCGCGCCCGAGGACGGCCACUGCGCGCCCGAGGACGGCGGCGCGGCGGCCGAGCGGCGGCGCCGGCGGGGCGCGCUGCGGCGGGGCGCGCGGCGGCGCGCGGAGGCCGAGGCGGGCGCGGGCGCGGGAGCCGCCGACGGGCUGGGGCGGGGCGCGGGCGCGCUGGCCGCGGCCGCCGCGCGCUCCCCGGGCCCCGGCGGACGCCUGUCUCGCGCCAGCUCCCGCUCCGUCGAGUUCUUUCUGUCGCGCCGGCGCCGGGCGCGCAGCAGCGUGUGCCGGCGGAAGGUGGCCCAGGCGCGCGAGAAGCGCUUCACCUUCGUGCUGGCCGUGGUCAUGGGUGUGUUCGUGCUCUGCUGGUUCCCCUUCUUCUUCAGCUACAGCCUCUACGGCAUCUGCCGCCAGGCCUGUCAGGUGCCCGACCCGCUCUUCAAGUUCUUCUUCUGGAUCGGGUACUGCAACAGCUCGCUGAACCCGGUCAUCUACACCGUCUUCAACCAGGACUUCCGGCGCUCCUUCAAGCACAUCCUCUUCCGAAGGCGGCGAAGGGGCUUCAGGCAGUGACCGCGCCCGCCUGGGCCCGACCCAGGGGCCUCCGGGGGCGCCGGAGCCGAGAAAGGGGGCGCCGCCCUCGGCCUCCCCGUCUCAGGGGACGCCUGGCCAGAGUCGGGGCCAGGCCCACCGCGGAUGGCACGAGCUCAGGGUCCCGUGUCCACCCCCACGCCAAUGCUCGCCAUCUCCGUGUCUGCAUCUGAGCAAGGGCUGAUUUCCCAGGACCUUGUGGGGGAGGGAAGGGGGCGCUGACAAUCUUUGGCUAUUGAAGUGUUUGCCAAAAACGACCUCCUGAACAACCAAACUCUUUUCUAAAUAAACCUUUGUAAUCUAAGUGUGGUCUGCACAGUCCUUCUGCCUCAUGUCUCCCACCGCUGGGGGCAGGGCUCCAGCCCCCCGUGUAAGGAGG